GGUGGGCCACGGAGGGAAUUCUUGACCUUGCUCAUGGAAGCUCUGCUGAGAUCCUUUAUGUUUGAAGGAGUUGAGGAAAAAAAAACAAAAUCUCACGCUUGAUAGCAAAGCACUGAGAGAUGAUGAGUAUUUUAUUGCUGGAAGAGCAAUUGCAGUGAGCUUGGUCCAUGGUGGUCCUGCACCAAGAUUCCUCUCUCCCACUUUGUUCACAUGCCUGGUCCAAGGCCCAGAAACUGUAAAGCCCAGCCUUAAGGAUGUUGCUGAUUCUGACCUCAAGGAUAAGCUUGAAAAGAUCUUAAGGAGCACAUCUUUAGGAGAACUGAUGGCCUCAACAGAACCUCUGUUGGAGUUUUUGGCAACAGCAGGAUGCCUUCGACACCUGAAAUGUCUUGAAGACAAAGAAUUACUGGUUCAAGAUAUUCUGAUGUUCCAGGUGGUCCACAGAGUGCGGGGACCAUUUGAAAGAUUUAGAGAUGGACUGCGAACUCUCGGGGUUCUUGAUCAGAUUAAGAUGUACCCUGAAAGUUUCCGCUCACUGCUGUGUCAUCAGGCAGAACCUCUCACAGCGGACAUGGUCGACAAGCUCUUUAUCAUCCGAUUGUCUCCAGCUGGAAGCAAUAGAAGAGCUGCAGAAGAAGUCGUUGUACCUUUCUGGAGGGAUUAUCUGCAAGACGUUGAAGAUGAACACGGACCGGAGAAGCUAAGCGGAAUACUGUCAUUUGCGACUGGAGCAACAGAGGUGCCACCAACUGGGUUUAGCCCAAACCCCUCCAUUGAAUUCAUUCAUGGGCCUUCCAAUCUGCCAAUAGCCAAUACAUGUGUCAACUGCCUCAAGCUACCUCUUCUACAAACAUACAGUAAAUUUAAAGAACGUAUGGAUUUUGCAGUAGGCAAUACAUAUGGCUUUGGACAAGAAUAGGCUAGAUAGGCCAAAACUUUUCCUGUUUCUGCUAUGUUUUCAGUAAUUCACUGUUUGGAAUGUUAGAUCAGUACAUGAUGUGUUUUGCCAAAGCAUUUUCAAUAACUAAUUUCAGCCUUUUGUAAAUAUAAAUUGAACUGGGCAAUUUUUACUAUAGCAGUUCAAAGUGGCAAGUUGCUCACUUUUUUGUUUUAUGGAAUAUUUUUCUGAAAAUUGAAAGCCACAAUAAAAUAAUACCAAAAAAAUAC